AUGCAAAAGCAUUUUGAAGAUGCAACAUUUGCUUUGCAAAUUGGUGGAAUUACUGAAGCAAGAUCGAUUAUAGAAGGGAGAUUGAAGUCCUGUUUGGGAAGGGAAAUUGGUGGAAUUACAGAAUGUCUUAUUGCUGGUGGAAUUACAUUGAAUGUCUUAUUGCUGGUGGAAUUACAAAAUGUCUUAUUCCACAGAAUGUCUUAUUGCUGGUGGGAUUACAGAAUGUCUUAUUGCUGGUGGUUAUUGAUGGUUUAUAUUGCUGCUGGUGGGCUGAUAAUAAGAAUUCAGGCUUCACUCUUCACUGAAUUUGGCUUUGCCUUCGCACGCAGCUUCGGACCUUCAGUUGGAUCUUCACUUCUCCUUUCCCCUGCUCUGCUGCCGACAAUUUACGAACUACCCAGGCCCGCUGGUUGCUGUGCUACUGCUGUUUCCGAUGAGCCUCCAGUGAAUUCAACUCUUGUGUUGGCUGCAAAGAGGACAUACAGAAAAGAUCCUCUAAAUAAUUUCGAGAAAUAUAGAGGAGGCUGGAAUAUUAGUGAACGCCAUUACUGGGCUAACAUUUGGACCCCAACAACGACAAAAUUGCUGAAUUGA